UAAAAAAUUAAAAAAAAAAAAUACCAAUCCAGUUUUCAAAGCAGCCAAAACCAAAGCCGAUAACGAUAUCGAUACCGAUAUAUCGAUACCAAUAACAGUAGUCAAAUCAACGUGCACUUUUAUUAUCAUUUUAGAGUCAAUUUUUUUUUUGGCAACAGUAUAAACUGGGACUGGGUUGGGGCUGGGGACGGGUAUCUCCUUAGGCUGCAUACCUUUUGUUUUGUAUCAAAAUUCUCUCUUCAUUAAAAAAAAAAAAAACAAAAAAACAAAAAAAACUUAAACGCAAACCAAACAAAUGGCGGCCUACUUGAAUCGCACCAUUUCACUGGUGACCGGCCAAACGGGCCCAUCCGCCAACGACAAAAACUCGACACCGGGCAACGACACCGUCGACGAUUCACGGCACAAUAUAUCGCUGCAAACGUCCGCCUCGUCCACGUCGGCCAACAUGACCGGGAUAACCGACAACCGCAUGUAUCAACCGAAUGACAAAUCGCCGCUGCAGAUCUUCGUGCGCGCCAAGAAGAAGAUCAACGAUAUCUACGGUGAGAUCGAGGAGUACGUGCUGGAGACAACCACCUUCAUCACUGCUCUGCAUGCGGACGCAGAAAUUGUGGACAAGGCGGAGCGCGAACUGUUUGAGAGCUAUGUGCAUAAGGUGGCUGCCAUACGUGAGGUACUGCAGCGGGAUCACAUGAAGGUGGCCUUCUUUGGCCGCACCUCCAACGGCAAGAGCUCUGUGAUCAAUGCCAUGCUGCGCGAGAAGAUUCUGCCCAGCGGCAUUGGCCACACCACAAACUGUUUCUGUCAGGUGGAAGGCAGCGACGGCGGCGAAGCCUAUCUUAUGAAGGAAGGCUCCGACGAGAAGCUCAACGUGGUGAACAUUAAGCAAUUGGCCAAUGCCCUGUGCCAGGAGAAGCUCAGCGAGAGCAGUCUGGUCCGUAUAUUUUGGCCACGCGAACGCUGCAGCUUGCUGCGCGAUGACGUUGUCUUUGUCGAUUCACCGGGCGUUGACGUGUCCGCCAAUCUGGAUGACUGGAUUGACAAUCAUUGCAUCAAUGCAGAUGUCUUUGUGCUGGUCCUCAAUGCUGAGUCGACAAUGACGCGGGCCGAGAAGCAGUUCUUUCACACUGUUUCCCAAAAGCUGUCCAAGCCAAACAUCUUCAUAUUGAACAAUCGCUGGGAUGCGUCAGCCAAUGAGCCCGAGUUUCAAGAAUCGGAGCUGGCUAAGGUCAAGUCGCAGCACACGGAGCGCUGCAUCGAUUUCCUUACCAAGGAGCUGAAGGUCAGCAACGAGAAGGAGGCUGCGGAGCGCGUGUUCUUCGUGUCGGCGCGCGAGACGCUGCAGGCGCGCAUCGAGGAGGCGAAGGGCAAUCCGCCGCAUAUGGGCGCCAUCGCUGAGGGCUUUCAGAUACGCUACUUUGAGUUCCAGGACUUUGAGCGCAAGUUCGAGGAGUGCAUCUCACAGAGCGCGGUCAAGACAAAGUUCCAGCAGCAUAGCUCGCGCGGUAAGAGCGUCUCCGGCGACAUGCGCUCCAUGCUGGACAACAUCUUUGAACGGAUCACGAUCUUUCGCGAUCUGAAGCAGGAUCAAAAGAAUCUGCUCACCGAGCGCAUUCAGGGCACCGAAACGCAAAUGAUGCAGGUGACGCGCGAGAUGAAAAUGAAAAUUCACAAUAUGGUCGAGGAAGUGGAGGAGAAAGUGUCGAAGGCGCUCAAUGAGGAAAUCUGGCGAUUGGGCGUCCUCAUCGAUGAGUUCAACAUGCCGUUCCAUCCGGAGCGCCUGGUCCUCAACAUCUACAAAAAGGAGCUGAACGCCCACGUGGAGAGCGGCCUGGGCAGCAACCUGCGCGCCCGCCUCUCCAUGGCGCUGGCGAUGAACGUGGAGGCGGCACAAACGGAAAUGACCGAGCGCAUGCAUGCUCUGGUGCCGAACGAGAAGCUGCUCACGAACAGCGCCAAGCUGGCGGUGCGCACGCAACCCUUUGAAAUGCUCUACUCCUUGAACUGCCAGAAUCUGUGCGCCGACUUCCAGGAGGAUCUCGACUUCAAGUUCAGCUGGGGCAUAACGGCCAUGAUACAGCGAUUCACGGGCAAGGUGCGCGAGCGCAGCAAAAAGCAAACGCCCGCCUUGCUCAAUCGCCAGAGCAGUAUUGGGCACUCCGUUGUUACGCCCGUGAGCACGCCCGUGGAGACGACGCCCGUUUGCCUGCUCCCCGGCACGGUUGUGGGCGGAAUUACGCCCGAACAGCUGUCGGUUAUAUCGCGCUUUGCCCUGUCCUCGAUUGGAUCGCAGGGCACAGUCGGCGGUCUUGUUGUGGCGGGCAUUAUGCUGAAGACGAUCGGGUGGCGCGUCCUUGUUGGCAUCGGUGCACUCUACGGCUGCAUCUAUCUGUACGAGCGUCUGUCCUGGACCAACUCGGCCAAGGAGCGUGCCUUCAAGAGCCAGUACGUGCGGCAUGCCACCAAGAAGCUCAAAAUGAUUGUCGAUCUCACGUCGGCCAACUGCAGCCACCAGGUGCAGCAGGAGCUGUCCAGCACAUUUGCUCGUUUGUGCCGCACUGUGGACACCGCCACCACCGAUAUGAAUGAGGAGCUGAAGACGCUGGAAGCGCAGCUGAACGUGCUGGAGUCCAAUCAGAAGCAGCUGAAGCUCCUGCGCAACAAGGCCAACUACAUACAGAACGAGCUGGACAUCUUCGAGCACAACUACAUUGCGCCGCAGUAGAGGCUGCUGGAGGAUCUGGCCAAACGAACAUUUCGACGACGACAA